AUGGCUCAUCGCCAACCAGUCGCCGGCGCUCGAAAGGCGGCCGUCUUGGACUGUGAACCUGGUUUCCCUUGGUCAGUCGAAUCGCGAGCCUGCUUUAUCACGACGAGUGGGCCAACUGGAACUUCUUCAGAGCAAUGGCAUGUUCCUCCGCCCGAUUACUUCAACGAGAUCUGCCCAACACGCUUUCCAUGGAUGACAAUCUCCUGCCUCACUGAGAAUCAUCUCGCUCGAGCGUAG